CACAAACACACAAGCAGCUGAUAGUUUACUUCAGAGAGCUCAAGCACAAAAGCAAGAGAACCCCAAAUGGCUCCCUCCUCCUACUUUCUUCUCGCAGCUCUUCUAGCAACGGUCACUUCUGUGGCCAUUGCUUCUGACCCUAGCCCGCUCCAGGACUUCUGCGUUGCCGACAUACACUCUCCUGUGAAGGUGAAUGGAUUUGUUUGCAAGGAUCCUAUGGCCGUGAACGCAGAUGACUUCUUCAAGGCAGCUAACCUUGACAAGCCUAUGGACACCAAGAAGAGCAAGGUUGGAUCCAAUGUCACCUUGAUCAAUGUCAUGCAGUUGCCUGGACUGAACACCCUGGGCAUCUCAUUGGCCCGUAUUGACUAUGCACCCCUCGGUCAGAAUCCACCACACACACACCCACGUGCCACAGAGAUCCUCACUGUGCUCGAGGGGACACUCUACGUUGGAUUUGUCACCUCCAACCCGAACAAACUCUUUGCCAAGGUCCUCAACAAGGGUGAUGUGUUUGUAUUCCCACAAGGGCUCAUCCACUUCCAAUUCAACCCCAUCUAUGACAAGCCAGCGGUUGCUAUUGCCGCGCUCAGCAGCCAGAACCCUGGGGCUAUUACCAUCGCAAAUGCAGUUUUUGGAUCAAAACCACCGAUCUCAGACGAUGUCUUGGCCAAGGCAUUCCAGGUGCAAAAGGGGACAAUUGAUUGGCUCCAGGCCCAGUUCUGGGAGAACAAUCACAACUAGAUAAUUAAUGUUUUAGGUUCAUCGCACUCAGUGUUUGCUUUAUAUAUAUGCAUUUUGCAUAUUCCUACAUGUUUUGAGUUUAUAGAUGUUAUGAUCAAUAAAAUAAAUGGCAAGUACUCACA